AGUGUCACCAGUGGCUCAAAGAGUCCGACGAUGGGCAGAGCCAGGUCUCAUGAUCUAAGGAGCAGCCUUGAGGACAAGAAGCCAAUUGAAGGUGCAAAAUUAUGGAUAGUUCAAAACAACGUCCCGGUGGUCGACCUCGAGAAGGACAGCAUCUUUAGCAGCAACCUGUCCUGGCUUAUGCAGGAAGCCUUGUCCUGUUCAGGGCGAGCCGAGGGGCAAUUCGAUUAUUGCGAUGAUAGACACUCGGCCCGAAUGUCGUGGACUCGGAUUCUCACCAGAUGAUCUAUCCAUCGUAAGGCUCAACAGAGAAGACUUGAGACACAUCAAAGCUAUUGGAAUCUCAGGCAAGCGAUCGGUAAUGAUGGCCUGCUUGGUGGCGCUCUACCGAGACGAAGGUCGGCACACCAUGAAUCACAAAUCCUUCUGGAAGGCCUUACAGGAUUACGAGCUCGACCGUCCCUGGGAGCGUCUCAUGGACACGGUCGAUGAUGAGCAGACGGCCUGGGAUUCCUACAACAGUAAGAACGGCUACGGCUAUAGCAACAGCAGCUAUAGCUAUAGCUAUGGCUACGGUGGAGGCGGAGGAAGAAGAGGAGGAUCAAAAGAGUCGGACCUCUUCGGCACUCCAUGGGAAGGACAUGGUGUGACGGUGAACGUGAUUUGUGACAGGAUCCCAGUUGUGGACCUGGCACAGCAUUCCAUCUUUCACGGCAAUGCAUCCUGGUUGCUCCAGGCUGCGACUGGAAGUUGCUCCAAAGCCGAUGGGCUCUUCGAGUAUUGCCAGGACAGAGAAGUCUUGGCAGCAUGCAAAAAGGAUCUGCGGUUGACAGCAGAUGAGGUGAGCAUUGCUCGCUUGAAGAGCCGGCCGGAAGUGAAGGCCGUUCAAACUUCCAGCCUUCAGGUGAUGUUGGCCUUGUGCUUGGUCCUCGCGCACAACGACGAGGCUGCAGCGGCCAUGCUGGAGGCAGACAUUGAGGAGUCAGACAGCUCCCUGAAAGAUCCACUGUCUGAUAUCAUGAUCGCAAUGCACCAAAGAAUAAGGAUGUCAAAGGACGAUGAACGGUCUACUUGGCGGUCCAAAGAGUCCAAAGGCAGCUAUGACUACUCGUAUGAUUACGAUUAUAGUUACGCUCCGAAGCGAAAGGUUUCGCGGCAGGUGACCGAACAUGAAGGUGACCUCACCAAGUACCACGGGAUAACUUUCAACUACAGAUGCUAGCUGCUAGCCCGCAUCUUGGAUGUGGUACAGAACAGGACCAUUUCGUCAUGUUUGGCUCUCCCAGUGCUUCCGCGCUUCCGAAACCGCCCCGUCCGCAUCGUGUGCCGUCAGUCCGGCGCAUCCGUCCGUAACAGGCGCAGUCGGCGGUCCCACAGCCUCGUUCUCUCCCAGGCCGAAGAGACCACCCCGCAGGAAAGAGAAGAAGCCCAAGAUUUCAGCACCCAACGCCUAUGAUCUCGAUGAACAGCUGGACAGCUACAUGGCACCAGACUGCACCCGCGCCAGGGAUUGAAAUGACUAGGCCAUGCUCUCUCUCUUGGGAGCGAACUGAGUGGCUCUGUCAGUAGGGAUCUCACCCACAGUCAUUUCAACUGACUUAUAGUUCAUUGAUUGGACUCC